GGCUGUUGCAACAACAAAAUGGACGAAACCGGAUUGACAGGAAAGCAAAAGAUAACUCUUCUCUCAGCCUGGGGCCUCAUCAAACAGGACCUGGAUCUGCACGGCCGGAACAUCAUGCUGCUCAUCUUCCGCGAGCACCCCCACUUCAUCCCGUACUUUGACUUCAGUGCCGACCCCAACAACACCAGCCUGUCCGAGAACCGUGCCCUGCAGGCGCACUCGCUGAACCUGAUCAUGGCCCUGGGUGCACUCAUCGAGUACGGCCUCAAGACGCCCAAAAUGUUCGAGUGUACGCUGGCGAAGCUGGUCAAGAACCACAAAACGCGGCGCGUCACCAGCCAGGACGUGAAAAUGUUCGGCGAGGUCAUGCUGAUGUACUUUGCCCAGGUGCUGGGCCGGCAGUCGGCCAGCAGUCUGCCGACGGCGUUCAACCGGCUGAUUGAGCAGAUUGCCGAGGCGUUCGAGGCGGCGCAGUUUACUUAG